GGGAAUGGCUGGCAAACCAGAUCUUGGCGCGCGCCGGCCAGAGAGAGGGAUCUCUUGUGAGAGAGGGGAAGGGGGGCUUAUAAAGGACGACGCGCUCAAGUUCAAGGACUAUUUUGACUAGGACCGUCACACGAGGAUUAUGGCAGUAGUAUUGUGGUCUUUGAUUUUCGCAGCGGCCACGCGGCAUGCUCUGGCGGUGCCAGCCGCGUCGCUGGAGUCACACGCCUCUCGGCUGCAGGCCGACCCCAUAUCGAGGAACUCCAUCCAGACCGGCUCCGACCUUAUGGACAGCAUCUACAGCGACUGUCUCAACAAGGGCUCGGUGUCAUGUGUCAAGUACAAGCUUUUCACGUUCGUUGACAAAAUGCUCAACAAGGACAGUUUCAGCCUGACCGAGGGCGUGACAGUGGUGAGGAACCCGGGUGCGGCCACACCGGUCGGUGACGGAGCCCCCAGGGCGCUGAGCGGCGAGGAGCAACCCGCCUCCGCCGACAGCCAGGACGUCGAGUCGAUGGUCGUCGACCGCGUCGAGAGGUUCCUGCAGACUCACUCGGUCAAGAUCGACCUGAAGGGCAGUGAUGUGGUCAAGGCCGUCUCCAACGCCGGCAGGGCGUUCACUUACCAGUUCAUGGGUGGCUUGGACGAGGAGGACGAAGGCGAGGAAGCCGGAAGAAAGAAAGUGAAGAAAGGCGGCAAAGUCCUCCUGCCCCUGCUGUUGAUGUUGAAGAUGAAGGCUGCUGCCCUUCUGCCAUUGGCCCUUGGAGCCAUCGCCCUGAUCGCCGGAAAGGCCCUGCUCAUCGGUAAGAUCGCUCUGCUCCUGGCAUCCAUCAUCGGCCUCAAGAAACUGCUGAGCCAGCAGAAGACAGUGACCUACGAGAUUGUCAGCCAUCCGCACCACACUAGCAGUCACGAGCACCACGGACAUGACUCGUUCAGCUCGGGAGGCAGCGACCUUGGAGGUGGCUACGGAGGCGGCGGUGGACACGGAGGCUGGGGACGCAGUGCUGACCCCAACGCCGCUCACGACCUCGCCUACAACGCAUACGCUCCCGCCACCGACAACAAACAAUAAAUUAUUACAAGUAAGUUCCAUAAUAACCUCACCCACUAAUAAUAGUCGAAUCUGAAACAAAUGUUAUUCAUACAGUCUUACAAAUCAAGAACUCUCGCUAUACACAACCCUACUUUGAACAAUUUUUAUUGAACUGAAUACAGGAACAUUUUGUUUUAGCAUAGAAAAAUAGAAACAACUCAAACUAUUUAUAUAACAGACUAUUAUGUCCUCUAUGGUUUUAGUUUCAAAAAAACACAAAAUAAUUAAAAAAUGAUUGGUAGUAUGUCACAUGUCAGGGAUUUAAAUAUAUACAUAUGAAUAAUACUAAUAAUAAUUAUGAUCUACUAAUAAUCUAUGUUUAGAGCGGCUGUGAACAAGGUAAAAAUUGCCAUGAUGAUUGCCAACCUCCGAAAUUGAGACGGUACUUAGAGAAGAAGAAUAGUCUAUGAAUCAGUGUAUAAUACUCAUAGGUAAACAAAUGAGAACGGAAGGAAUUUUCUAGCCAGGACUGAUCACACACUUGAAUGGAUAGAACGUGACUCCCAACAGCCAAAACCUUCAUAUCUAUAAGUUUGUACUAGCACCUGUAUUUUCAUAUAAAGAAUCAUAUAAAGGAAAUGAUGAAUGGAGUUUUCAUUUCAUGAAAGUCUGAGAGGCUCUUGUUUCUAUGAGUAGAUGAUUAGAUAAGAAAACAAAAAUUGAGACAAUGAAAGUUCACAAUAAAAUAUCCACGCAAAGUACAUAAGUUAGUCAUUCUAAUAUUUUUAUACACAAAU